CCGCCAAUUCCCUCCCCCUUGCUGUUACGUGACGCUCGCGCGCUCACAGUCGCUACAACCUUUAUUUACAGCUUCCUUCUCUGCUAGGCAUCUCAGCCGGCCCUCCACCAUUGCUUUUUCUGCCAUUCUAAUCCAGCACACCUCCUCAAUGCCACCAUUAUUCCUUCCUAUCGGUUAAUCCGAUCCGCCGGCCGCAUCCCGCCGGACUCUCUUCACCGCGCAACCGCCGACUGGUCUGGUGCUCAGCUCGUAUAUGGGGGACAUGUCGAAGAAAAUCGUGGUGAAGCUGGAAUUGCACGACAAGAAGGAUAAGCAGAAGGCCAUGAAGGCCGUUUCGGCGCUCGUCGGCAUCGACGAGCUGUCCGUUGACAUGGCGACCCGCAAGAUGACGGUGGUCGGCAUGGUGGACCCGGUGGUCGUGGUGAGCAAGCUGCGCAAGGCGUGGGCGGCGUCCAUCGACUCGGUCGGCCCGGCCAAGGUGCCGGAGAAGGACGGGGAGAAGAAGAAAGAGGAGGACGGCAAGAAGGACGGCGGCGCCGACGCGAAGAAGGACGGCGAUGGAGCCAAGAAGGAAGGCGAGGGGGACAAGAAGGAGGGCGACGCCAAGAAGGACGACGGCGAGAAGAAGCCGACGGAGCAGCAGCUCAUUGCCGAGCUCAUGAACCAGUACCGAUCAGCUUACGCUUAUCACAACCCGUACUACAUGAACAACCACUACGUCGUGCAGAGCAUGGAGGAGAACCCCAACUCCUGCACCAUCUGCUAA